CCGAAAGAAACCAAACAUCGUCUGAAAGGAUUCACAACUAGGGCUGGAAAAUUACUGAAAUUAUGCAAAUUAAGCUAUGGCCCGAAACUUCAAAAAAUAUCAUGAAUAUACGCAUGUUAAUGGGAAUUACCAAACAUUAUCAGUGGACGUUUUUCCUGAUGAACAUAUUGAAGAAGGGAGAAGUGCCUUGGGAGUUGGUGUACAACGUAGAUGAGAAAGGUAUACAGAUGGGAGGAGUUCGGAAGAACUCACAGCAAUGAUACUUCUUUUCACGCAAGGAUCAGAAAAUGUAUUGCAUGCACAGCGACAAGCUCGAGCUAGUGACCAUAGUCGACUGUGUUUGUGCAGAUGGUACCGCUCCAAUCAAACCAUGUUUUGUGUUUUCUGGAAAGACAAUGUAUGAUGAGUGGGCAGCUGUUGAUGAUGAAAUCUUG